AUGCCAGGGCUGUCCUCUGCGGAGACUCGUCAAGUGGAGGUGGCCGUUCGGGUCCGUCCUCCUGCGUUGAAGGAGGAGCACGCGAACGAACUUACCGUCGUGAGAUUAGUCAAUAGUUCGUCCUUGCAAACCGUUGAUGCGCACGGUAAAGCCUCAACAUGGGAAGCGGACUUAGUGAUUGAUGAUUCAGAAAAGCAAAAAUAUGUGUUUGAUCACAUCGCUAUGUCGCUCGUCCAAGAUGUUAUACGAGGAUACUCAGCUUGCCUGCUCGCGUACGGCCAGACAGGAUCGGGUAAAACCUAUACGAUGUUGGGAGCUGGCGUGAUUGAAUCGGGUAGCCGUCUGGAAUGCCCCGGAAUCAUACCAAGAGCAGCAUCAGAACUUUUCCUGCUCUUACAGUCCGCUGGGUCGACGCGUUUCGAGGUGUACUUUUCUUAUUUGGAGAUAUUCCACGACCAUCUGGAGGACUUACUGGCGCUCCGCCCAGAGCCAGCGGAAAGGAGUCACCCAAACUCGAGAAAGCGCAUAUUGGACGUUCAUGUGCACCCAACGAUCGGCGUAUAUGUCACAGGACUCACACUCAAGACUGUGGAGUCAGCAGACGAAAUUGUUGAGCUGCUGAGGUAUGGAAUGCAAGCGCGAGCCUUGGCGUGCAGAUCUCUGAGCGACCGGUCUUCUCUCACGCACACUAUAGCUACAUUACACGUGGUACAAUACUUGGAAUCAAAUGAGCGCAGCGGGGGAAAAGACGCGGUAAUGAGCUCUAAGCUGCAACUGGUUGACCUUGCUGGGAGCGAGCGGAUGAGACCAUCUCCCGUCUCGAUGGGACGACAUCGACGAGAAGUAGGGUUAAGAUCGUCAGGGCGCCUCGGCAUUACGCAGCAGGGUGUGAUGGUCAACAAAGGCCUACACCAGUUCGCCUUGUGCAUUACGAGACUAGCAGCCAAAUCAGAGCGUCUCGCUCGUGGUCAUGCUGGAGAGGCGGAGAAGAUACAUGUCCCGUACAGGGAUUCGAAACUAACACUGCUGCUGCGGGAGGCUUUCGAGGGGAACGCUCUCAGUCAUGCUAAUGAGGUGAAUGGGGUGCGGGUCUGUUGGGGUUCCGAGAAGUCACGCCAGAUGAACGAACUCGAGGCUAAAAUCAGAGAGACGAGAAAGGAAAUAAAGCGGGCCUCGACGCGCGGAGAUUUGGCCGAGCAGGAAGUACUUGCCGAGAAACUUGAGAACGCAGGAGAUAUGUUGCGCUUGCUCGGUGGGUCUGUAUAUGGCAACAUGCGGAACGAACUACGAGCUUCUAUCGAGGGGUAUGAGCUCGAUCCCUCAGUGGUAUCAACAGUGGGUAGCGCUCCACACGACUCUAUCAGACUACACCAUGAAGCAUUAAGUGUGAAUCCUAGCAUGUGCCAGCUCAUCGGUGGAGCACAGAAGGGCACGAUGGUCCUCCAAGUCAAUAAUGCUCUGGAGAAUCGGGUCUUUGUGAACGGCAGUCAAGUCGUUGAGGAAACGAUCGUGCGUGAUGGAGACCGCCUGAGGUUUGGUCACUCCGUACGCUUCCGUGUGGUUAUUCCCAACGAAAAAGAGGAGGUUUCAGAGGAGUCUGAUGCCUUCCUGCUUCGCAACCAUGUCCAACAUGAGCUCGAGAGGGAGCAUAUAGAGGCUUCGUGCAGAGAAUCACCGGAGUAUGACGCGGCGGUGAAGUUUGCACAUGAGCUGAACGAGAGAAUAGGCGAGGAGCGAGCGCAGGAAUUCUUGCGAGACUUUUCACAUGCGUUACCUCUGGUCGCUGAAGCUAAUGCGCUCACCUCGGCGCUCCGGCCCAACGAGCAGAUUCGAUUCUCCUUGGAGGUCGUCGUGGACGUCUUGACGUAUGGCUCCGUCGCGCCCGAGAUAGCUGUUCGAGUGUGGGCACCGCUGAAUGAUGCGGAGGGCUUGACGAAUAGCCAGCGGGAAGCUCGCACUAGAGGUACUGAGAAGCGGGACAUCGCUCGGCGCUCUCUGAGGACGGCUCGAGUAGGCUCUGCCUUCGGAUUGGAUACUCGUACGAGUGGCACUCAAAGGGAUCACCCUAUCGAGAUUUGUGAGCUUCCGACUUUCAAUCGGAAGCUGGAUCUUCUACGGGAACUGUACGACCGAAAGACGAGUGGGAGUUCUAACAGUAUACCAGACCUCCUAGAUCUGGAGAACAAUGUCUGGGCACCUAUCACAUGCUAUGAUGUAGCCAGCGAUGAGCUCACAGCGAAGUUGGAGCUCACGGAGCAUGCUCUGAAAAUGGCAGAGUUAGAACUGCAAACCAUGAGGGCUGAAUUAGACCAGGCGAAAGCUCGGCUAGCGCAUAUUGAUGAACAGAAGGAUUGCGUGGAACCAGCUUCCUAUGAGUCGGAGCUCCGCCUCGACCUCAGUGUAUCCGAGCGAACCACGGCUAUUCGAUUUGCGAAAGGCUUACGGAAGGAACUGUCUGAGAUGGUCAUUGGUUUGGAAGAUGAGCAGAGGCGGCUUGACAGUCUCAGAAAAGAGCCCGCCGAUCGCUGCAGGGGUUAA